AUGGUGACCCUGCGCAUGUCCAAGCAUGAACCGGCGACAGCUCCUCAACAGGCAAACGCAGGUGCAGGGACACGAGCAACACCGCUGGGCACAACAUCGAGGGAACCGAGAGACCGGAUGGUUGAAGAGAGUCCGAAGAAAAAGCGCUCUAUACUGUCGUUCAACAGGAGGAGAACUAGCGAAGUACGUAUGGGUACAGAUGGAAAACUCGUCACCAAUGGAUUUGAUGAUAAUUCUCAUAACAAACGACCAAGCUCGCCUAUAGAGAAGAUCAAGUCUCUUUUCCGCAAAAAUGACAACUCGACCACUGCCUCGACCCUGGCCAAUAAUGACUACUAUGCAGGACGCUACUCGGGAGGCAUAGCAAACGACAAGGUUUACGGGGCGUAUCCCUCCACAAAUGUGUCUGCCGCUAGAGAAGCAUACGUGCCUCAAUACCGAAAAUAUCCAGGUAUAUAG